AUGCCUCUCCAAGACGAUAUCGCUCGGGGGGGGGCGGAUGAAGCUAUGUACAGGCCGUCGAAAGACGAGCCGGACAUUGGAGAGCUGGGCAUCCAUCUCUACGACAGCGAGGAGGAGAGCGUGGACUCAGAUUUGACCUCUGCGAGCCAGAAAGUCGUUGCGCCGACGUCGGGUAGAAUCCACAGCUCCUUCACCUCGAUGUACCUGCGCCGCAAUGGGAACGACGAGAUUUUGCAGAGGGCGAAGGCAGCCCUUGCUCUACAGCGCAUAGCAAGGCAAGAGGAGUUGAGGAAGAGGAUGCAGACCGUCGAGAGGAGCCGCGAUCACGUCACUAAGUGGCUCAACGAAAACUAUAUCGUGACCUAUACCCACAUGAAAGGCCUCAGCGACGGGGUCUCUAUCUUCGAGCAAGCUAGCAGCAAGGGGCAAGCGCAAGUGCAAGAGCUGGACGUCGAGCUGCAAAGCAUGGACGGAGAGGCAUCGUUGGAUCCUGACCCUUCGUCAGAGUUGGAUGUGGAAGGAGAAGCAGAGGACUUUGACUCGGACUCGAUCUCUUUCAUUGAGGGGCUACAGGCGGACGAUAAGGAGUUCGAAGCGACUGCUGUGCCAGAAUUUCGCAAACCGAUGCCGGAGGCUUCUGCAGAUUUCAUUCCCCUGUCUUGCAAUCAGAUCUUCAGUUGCAGCAACUCUGUUCCUCCCCUCUUUCCCUUGCAAGAGGGAAAAUCGUGCGAUGAAGCGUUCGACUCGGACGACGACGAUCUGACAAGUAGCUUUCUCGCUUCACCCCAAGUUCCUGGGACUGAUGGUUUCUUUUCUGCUGGUGCAGAGAAGGCGGGUUGCUGCUUGUUUCGGAAUCCGAUCAAGAUGCACCAGUCUAACAAGUCACCAAGGAUCUCGAGCAGCAUGCUAGAGAAGUUGUCUACACAUGCCAUCUCCGAGGAAUCGGCGCUUUCUGUCGCGGACACACCCAGCGGCAAAGAUUUUCAGGGCAGGGACAGCCCGUACAGUGAACGGAGCACAGAGGAAGGGAAGGGCUCGUCGAUGUCGGAAGGAGCGGCGUCGAACGAGAGGAUCCUGCAGGAGGAACACGAGGAUGGUUCGGACCAUGACAACAACCUCCGCAGCGAGUCAUGGAUCUCUCGAGAUUCCCAGCAGAAGGAGUACGCGCUACAAGUUGAGCAGCUCACGCAGUACUCCAGCGGCAGCUCCUUCGACGCCAAGGCCCGCCUCGGUCGGGUUCCUCGAGCUCUCAGUCGUGGAUCAGCACCGCCUGUACUCACGGCCGACAUGGUUGCACAUUCAGGCGGAGGCGGUCAGGGUGCAGCUGUUAGCGCGACGAAGAUGCACCCGGCGAAGAGCAUCGGGUGGGCUUUCAUCUGA